AUGGGUAGGCAGACGUCCCUCCGUCGCGCCGUAGAUUUCAGUCACGUCGCGUCUAGCCAAGGUAGAGAAACUCUUCUGUCUCUCCACCCCGCGACACGUCUCACGGUUACCUAUCUAAGCAGAACCAACAUCCUCCACAUCUUCCAUUCCCAUUUCAAGAUGUCUGCCGCAACCAGGAACCAACAAGACUCCUACGAAGCAAUCAAGGAGCGCAUCAAGUUCAACAUGCUCUCCAUCGUGCUGGAGGACAUCCUUGUCGUGGCCCCCGAGCACGUCAACACCCCAAACAAGGUUUCCCGAGCCUAUCACACGGCAAGGGAGGAAGCGAUGCACGGCUACUACGAGCACCUCUGCCUCGGCAACCCCCACCCCGAAGUCCUUGUGGAGGCCGCUGUGGAGUGGGCGACAGCAAUCCAGUUGUGGAUGAAAUUUGUGAGAAGAAACGUCGAGAUGUGUCCUGCGCUUGUUUUCAGAGCGGAGUGUGAGGAGCAUUUGACGAGACCGUCGGAAGCUUGGUUGCACCAUUCCUACCCGUAUCCUCAACUUUCCCCUUGCAAUGCGAUGGCACCAUCUUUGAAGCAACAGCAAUUUUGUGUAGGUAGUCCACCCAUGACGGCAGCGUAUUCGAGGACAGAUCAACAGAAGGAGUCUGCGAGCAAAUACACGUCGUGA